CCGCCAGUGCUCCCGUCGGUCCGCGUCUCUCUCCUCCCGACAAAGUUCGGCUGUUCUCGUCACGAAGCGUUCAAGUGGAGGAGAAGGGAAAGGAGAGAGACAGAGAGAGGAGAGACUUGUCAUACUGGGAAGGAGGCUAAAAGUAAACGACAGUUAAAGAUUAACGGCAACCGGCAGCGGAAAGUGAACGAAUCGGCGGUUUUGCGGUCGGCCGUUUGUUUUCCUUCUUUAGUGUAAACACAUUAGUGUAGUUGUGACAUUGCGCGGUGAGCGAGAGAGGGAAAGGUCUCCUCCCAGUUUGUUGACGGAUACAGUUUGGCUCCACUGGAAGGAGACACGGCCAGACCUGACUGUACAUUAACCCGGCCAGAGCGUUGCAUUGCCCAGGAUGUCUUCGAAGACUCCCAGCUCCAACAACAUUGCCCAUGCCAGGAGGACGGUGCAGCAGCUCAGGAUAGAAGCGGGCAUUGAAAGGAUAAAGGUAUCGAAGGCCUCUGCAGACCUCAUGAACUACUGCAGUGAACAUGGCAGAAACGAUCCUCUCCUCGUGGGCAUCCCCGCCUCAGAAAACCCCUUCAAGGACAAAAAACCCUGCACUAUAUUGUAGUGGAUGCCAUGUGUAGCCUUUAUGUGUUUAUUUUUGCUUAUUAAUGUUGCUGUAUUCUUUUUGUUGGGAUGAGUGAUAGGUGGACUGUGAUCUGUAUCAUUACCGUAUGUUCUGUAACAAUUCACCAAUUCAACCACUAUGUUCUCAAAAACAGCAAUCCAGAAUCAGUGAAGUAGUGUGCCAUGGCUGCCCCUUUACCUUGUUUUAACUCAAACUACUGUCCUCGCGGUGCCACUGUGCAGUUUGAGUUCUGACCACUAACAAGACUUUGGUUGUAUGAGUUAUAAUGGUUUGGCAUUAAAAAGUGCAUGUGUUGCUCAAAUAAUAACCAUGUUAGUCAUGUUAGUUAUCUGAAUAUUUAAAACAGCCCUGGCACUGCCUGUGGUCAUUCAGUCCUUUCUCUGUAUGCAGUUUUAUCUUCAUUGGGCAGUGACUGUUAACAUCUGUCUGGUUCAACUCAGUGGAUUCAUACAGCCAAAGUUUCCUUCCAGCCCUUGAGCAGCGUAUCUGUUUAAAGUUGGCUAAUGCUGUCUCUUCUCAUAGGGAUUUUUAGAGUCCAUUUCCACCAGGGUAUUACAGUUCAGGAUCAAGGUUUUAUGUUGAGCAUUCAAAAUGUUUUUGCGAUGAGCGUUUGAUGGGGCCAGUCAUGUACCACUUCUGUUGCUAAAUUAGGUUACAAUAACUAAAAUUAUUCAUCAACCCACUAUGAUUGUAGGAUAAUUUUGGCCAGUGAGGAAAGGGACAUCGAUUGUCCAUUGCAUUAUCCAUAAUCUGUUGUUUUCCUGUUUGGGAUUUGCAGUAUGAUUACAACAGGGCAGUAUUGUCUUAAGCUAAAUUAUCAAGCCAUCACAAAGAGAUAAGUUUGUAUUCAUUUGUAUUCUAAGAUCACCUUCUCUCAAUUUAAAGCCAGUGGGAUAAAGUGGAUAUCAGUGCUGUGAUGUUUUUAGAAACUCUUGUCUUUUAAGAGAGACUGUCUUUUAAGAUAGAGUAUUUGAAGGGUUUAUGUGAAAGAUGCAUUUUUGAAAGUGUGGAUAAACCAAGCUAAAAUGAAAAUGCUUUACCACGUCAUAUUGGGUACUAACCACAGUUCUCUUGAAAUUACUCAAACAACAGAUGAACAGUGCAGGGCAUAAGCCUUAUUUUCAUUGUAAUUGACAGCUGACAUUGGGUACAGGGCAACACUGUGUGUACGCAGAAAAGGUUUUAAAACCUUGGGACCAAGCCAAACCAUUGAUAAUGCAUUUCAAAAUGUCAAAAUGUGGGUCUGAAGGAGGAAAAAAAAACAUUUUUUCCUUUUUCUUUGUUUUGUCUUUCUUUUUUCCUAUAAAGUUGAAUUUUCCGAGGUACGUUUUUGCAGGACACUGAUGACCCAGCUGUUGGAGCAAGCAUUCCGCAACACUGUGAGCCUUGUCAACUUCUUACUCAUCACUUAAGUGUCUUCGUCUAGUGAAUGUGCACAUCAUUGUCUUAAAAAGUUUUUUGGCACAAGUAUUGUAGGUGCAGGUGCAGUAGAUAGUGUGCAUCAAUAACAAUACCAAUACCACUUUCCCAAAACUGCUCUCAAAAAUUCCUUUUUAAAAGUCUAACCUUUGUGUUGGUGGGAGGUUUUAACCUUCAAUUAAACAUGUCCUGGGAGGCUUAUCUUACAUGGUCAAUUUGUGUGAUAACAGAAACAGAAUAGAUAUUAUAAAUUAAAAUGUUCUCACUCAAAAGCCUUACUUAUGUUUGCCUUGUAUUAUGAAGAACACUCUCUCUCUGAGUAUUUUCUUUAAAAAAAAAAAAAGUUUUUAUUUCUGUGUUAUGAAAGUGAGUUGUAACUCUGUUGUGCCAUCAUUUUGUCUACAUGUCGUCACUAGCAAAUGAUGUUUAAUCGUAUUUGACUACCUGGUGCUCCAAUUUUCAGCGGUUUUGGUAUUGUUGCCUUCUCCAAAGGGUACUUUCAGGUCUUCAAAUCAGCAAGAUCUAGUGUUAUUAUCUAAUUGUAUUUUUUUAUGAUUGUCUCUAACAGUCAACUCUUAUCACUUGCAAUACAGAUGAUACUUAAUCGUUCCUUUGUGCCACUUAAAAGUAGAUUUAUAGAUCACUGUUGUCAUGUCAUCAUUUGUGUCCAUACAGAAACUCAGCAAUGGCCUUACUGCACCACAGAUUAAUAAUUAAACUGUCAAAAGUUACAGUUUUAGAAUUUCUUUACCAACCUUUGUAUGAAGACAUGACUAUGAUUUAAAAAAAAAAGAAAGAAAAAGUAAAGCAUUCCUACAAUAUUGUACUAAUGUCUAAAUAAAAAGCAGUUAUAUUAACCUGGUGUAUUGCAGACAUCUGUUAAUGUGGUUUUACUUUAACGUUAAACUUACAAUAACAAGCUGGAUUUACAUGUGACACAGAGUCAACAUUUUUAUCCCAGUCUAAUAUAAGAAAAAAAAUCCUGGUGAUCUUGCCAUGUUCAGGCAGCAGUGAAACGACUCGUGCCACAGACAUAAGAAUCUGAUUUGAACUUGUGCUGUAAAUCCAGCUGGUGACCCUUUGCCUCUCUACUGUCGCACAGUCUUUCCUACUGUUGUUAAUAAAUGAGUUUAUUACGGCA